AUGUACAACCGACCCAGAGUUUUCCUCUUUGAGCCCUCGAGCUCGUGUAUAUUGUCGGGUCUUGGGCUCAAAGAUCUCCGCUCUACUUCACCCUCUUGUCUUUGA